GCUACUUAACUCCGUAUUCCACCUCCGUUCAUACCUUUUCUUGCCCGUUUCAUCGCAUUCAAAGAAAUCUCCGCCAUUCCCUCCCUUUAAUCUCUCUCUCUCUCUCUCUCUCUCUCUCUCUCUCUCUCUCUCUCGUUUUAGCUAUUGAUUUUCAAAGCAGCAGCUGUAUUUCUUGCAGAAGAGAAGAAAGAGAGCUAGAAAAUCCAUGGCUUCCUUCUCAUCUCAUCUCUUCCCCUGAAAUACCAACGGGAUUUCUGGAAAAUGGACGAGAAAAUGGAGGAUUCCUUCGAUACGGAAGGGUUCCAGCUCUUCGAAAUCGAUCUCGACUAUGAGUUUGACGCCUCGCGUUACUUCGAUUUCAGUCGUAUGGAAUCUCUCUCCGAAGCGCGAGAAGCUGAGCUAUGGUUCGAGACGGCAGGCAGCUAUCCUCCUUCUCCUUAUAUAUCAAAGUUGAUUAUGUGGGAAGAUGUCCAUGUGGAAGAUUUAAAUACCCUUGCAAAAUCCGAAGCUGCAGAACACACAAAUUCUAUCAGCACUCAUUCAGGUCCUGAUGUUUCUGUGCUCAUUGAGAAUUGCAGAGACUGCGAGGAGGUUAAGGAUAGAAGCUUCUUCAAUGUUCCUAAAAAUGGUCAAACUUCACAGCAAGCAUUUGCCUCAAGCGUAUUGGAUCGUUUCCUUAAUGAUUGUGCUCCAUCUACUGAUGUCGACUCUCAUGCGGGGAAUAGUGUUACAAAAGGAUGGACGUGUUAUAGUCACAUGAACCAAGAUAUUACUAAAGUUAAAACAAAGUCUGCCAUCAAGGCGAGGGUCUCGACUUUGAUGAAACCUACAGCAAGUCAGUUGGCCAAGCAAAAACAACCAUGGGACAUUAAAGGUUCCAGCCGAUUUGUGCAAAGAUUUCAUAAGCCAUUGGAGCAUAAAAGUGAGAAAAGCUUAGAGAAUUCAUCCGUGAAUGAAAGUCAAGCUGCCAAGAGGCAAAAACUAGAGGGUGGUCACUUGCGCAAGGUACUUGGCAUAAAGCAACAAACCAAUCUGAUACAUAAGGUCUUGAAAAAGAAUGGACUUCUUGAUGGCUCUAAUCAGUCUAGGUUGAGACUCACCAUCCCAAGAGAGCCUGAACUUGAAACAUCACAAAGGGCGCAAAGGAUCAGGCCCAAGCAUAGUACAGAGGUUGUAGGACACAUUCUUUCAGCUGUUGCCUCGUUUAAAGCACGUCCUUUGAAUAGAAAAAUUCUUGCAGCUCCUUCAAUGCCCCUCCUGCAGAAGAGCACGCCAGGGUUGCCUGAGUUUCAAGAAUUCCACUUGAAGACAUCCCAGAGGGCCAUGCAACCCUCAUUUACUGCUUCAUUAUCAUUGCAGCGUUCCAAUAAUUCAGACAAAGUCUCACAUAACUGUAAAACUGCUUCGUCAAUACAUCUUGGUGCCAAAGACUCUAAAAAUUUACAACAUCAGGCUUUAAUCCCUUCUCAACCUCAAAAGUCAGAAGUUAUAGGUGAGCUAAAAGGGGAAAGAAAUGAAGAAUUGUCCAAAUUCAAAGCUCGGCCUCUAAAUAAGAAGAUACUGUCGAGUAAGGGGGAUAUGGGAGUCUUUAUAAGUAGCAAGAGAGAAACCACAGUACCCAUGGAAUUUGAUUUCCAGACAGACAAGCGCCUUCAGCAGAAUCCACCAAUAGAACUGUUCAAGAAGCUCUCGCUGAAGUCUGAACUUCAGCAGCAGAAUACCAUAGCUGAGUCGGCAUUGUCUCGGAACACUUGUAUAUUGAUUAAGGGCUCAAAGGAGAAUAGAUAUUCUUUACAACAACAAAACAAGAUCUCAGACAUGAGUACAGAAAAACUGCAAAGGCAUGGGGCAAAGCAGACUCAGUAUGGGAGUGAUGGGCGAGUGCCUGAAAUCAGAUCUCGAGCAAAUAUGUGCAGGAGCUCGGGCAUCCGUUGAUGGCAAGGAAUGAAGAGAUUGGAAUUUGCUUUACACAUGACAACAUCUCGAGUUUCUGAUUUUGCAUGGAAGUCAAUCUGAUCGUUGCAUACUCAGCCAUCCUCAGUGCUUUGAAACUCUUCCUUUACUAGAACACGAGAUCUUUGGGCAGGCAGCCCAUACUUGGUACAGGAAAUGCAAGAUGGAGCCGCUUGCUGCAUGCAUUGAUCUAGCCUGGUUUCUUGACAGCUUCAAAUUGCUGGGGCAUUGCUCGAAAGCAAGCAUGGUGGGUCGCCCCAAAACAGAACCAUACAAAUCUCAAUAAAAGUGUAACAGGUCAUAGUUGUAAAGGUAUCAGUGCUUAAAUCCUAAAGCAUUCAUUUUAAUAGUUGCUGAAACAUGCUGCAGUACAUGUAAGUUUAUAAAGAAACGAGUAAAAAUUAUCUCCUGUUCUUUCC